AUGACUGACGCUGAAACGAUGACUGAUCCAAUUGAAUCACCGGAUAUUAAAUCCACGCUUCCUCAGCAAUCGACCGAUUCAGAUGCAGUUCUACUGUCGACUCUUCAAAAUGAAAUUGCCCGUUUAGUUAAAGAAGUGGUUAUCUAUCAACAACGUAGUGAAAAUUUAAAAAGUCGUUUGGAUACAGCCAAUAAGAAAUUAUCCGAUUCAAAAUCUAAAGCUGCUGAUGAAACUAAAUUAUUACAACAAACUUUAGAUACACAAUCGGAGAAAUUAUACAGUCUAGAGUCUGAGAAUAGUCGUUUAGAAAAAGAAUUAAAAGAUGUAUUACAGAAAGCUGAAAUUCAUCAUCGAAAAUCUGAGGAGGCUGAACACAAACUCACACAGCGUUUGGAGGAACUAGAAGUACUCCGACUAGAUAUCUCAUCUUUCAGGAGCAAAUGUGAGGCACUGGAAAAUGGAAACUCUGUACUUCGGGGAGAGAAAGACAUUCUAACACUCAAAUUCGACGAAUUAAGCAAUAAACAUUCCAGUGUUCUGUCCGAAUUGUCUGCAUCUCAAUCACAAUGUAACGUACUUCGUAGACAAAUAAGUGAAUAUGAUGAUCGUCUACGUCAAAUAAAUGAUCAACAUCAAAUUGUUGUAGAUGAUAUGAAGAAUCAGUUAACAUCAUUAUUAUAUAACCAUGAAACAAAGGAAAAAUCACAUAUCAAUAUGAUAAAUACAUUAGAAGCUAAACUAGAAAAGUUAACCAAUGAAAAUAAUGAAUUAAAUAAAUUACUUAAACUACAUGAAAGUGAACUAGAACAUUUACGUACUGUUGAAAAAGUUACAGUAAUUCAAAGAACUAAUGAAGAUAAAUUUAUGCAAACUGUCGAUGAUAUUCAGAAUAAUGAUCCUCAAACUGAUGAUGGCGAGUCAAGCAGCAUUCAUUAUGAAACCAUUGUUAAAAUGAAUGAUCAUACAGGCCAAACAGAAUCGGAUCAAUUUAUUAUUAAGUCUAGUGAAUACAAAUCAUUACAAAGUCAAGUUGAUCAUUACAAGUCAGCGUUAGAUGCCACUGAAUCAAUGCUAUCUAAAUUACAAACGUCCGUGAAUGAAGAAGAAGCACGUUGGCACAAAGCAUUGGAUGCUGCAAAUAUUGAAAAUGAAUUGUUAAAAACGAAAUCAAUUAAACUUGAAGCUGCUUUGAAUGAAUUAAUAGAAGAUCGUAAUACUUUGACAACGACUAUCGAAGAGCUUCGUAAAAACAGAGAGUUUAAUCAUUGUAAUCUGAUUGAACCUUCGACUGAUAAUUCUCUGACAUCCAUCAGUACGGAAAAGAAGUUGAACAAUUCGUCAUCCAUUUCACCGUCACCGUCCUCGCCAUUAUCAACAUCAGCGACAACAACUGAUGAUGCUGAUGAACAAAACAUGUCCAAAUCCGAAUUGAUACGCCUAGUUGCUAAAUUACGUAAUCUUGUUGAAGUGGAACGUAAUGCAUUGAAACAAGAACAAUCAUUAUCAGCCGAGUUAAGAACAAAAUUAAACGAUACCGACUCACAUGAUGAUCAGAAUUAUAAAUAUUCAAAUAAUAAUUGUUCGGACGAGAACACGUGCUUAAUUAAUAAUCCUACAGAAACUAUAGAAAAUGCUAUAAACUGUCAUAAUAAUUCUGAAACUGAUGAUGUCAAAUCUGAACAAUUAAACAAUUGCUUUGAUGUAAUAUCAAAAAUUCCAGAUUGUAUUCCUCAACAUGAAAUAUCGUCGAAUGACAGUGGUUACAUUGUUCUAUCCAAUGGUAUACAUAAGGAAUUAAAUGGACAAACCAAUCAUGAUCAAAUUGAUAGUAAUAAUGCUGAUGAUAAUAAUUAAUAUGAAACUGCAAUAUAAAUAUGAGUUUUUCUAUCUAUAUGUUUUUCUUUUCUGUUCCUUCGUUUCUGAACUUUUCUGUUUGUUGCUUUCUUUCUUUAUUAUGUUAAUUUCACUUACAGUCUUCUUUCAACUAAUGUUUUGCAAAUUUGUAGUCAGGUAGGAAAAAGUAUAAAAAAAUAAAAGAGAAUCGAGAUAAUUAAUCUCUUCAUUUUAUCUAUCUUCUUGUUUCCUUAAUGAUUUGUCGUAUAUUUGAUAAUUUGGGAUUUGUUGUAAUAUUUAAUAUUGGGUUUAUAUUCUCUCUCUCUCUCUCUGUGUGGACAGUUUUGUGAAACGUGCGUGCAAUGUUUUAGGCGCACCUGGUGAUUACUGCCACUUGUGAAAUUAGUUAUAUUUAUAAUUUAUUAAAACAAUAAUUGAUAUUGAAUUAUACUCUUUCUUCAUUUGAGUACAGUUAAAUGAAAGAGAACAUAUCUAGUUAUUGCAUAGGUGAAUUUAGUCUACAAAAAGUUACUUUGUAUUUCUGGUAUAUUUUCUGUUGUUGUAAAUAAUAUUUUUUUGUUGCAAUCUAUCAAUAUUUACUGAAGUGUGCUCAUUCAGAAUUCCUUAUGGUUGUUUAUAUUCACUAUAUAACCAUUAUACACACGGUAAAUUGAAAACGUUUAAGUAGUUGUAUACGAAAAAAAGAGAUAAGUCAGUUUCACAUACUGACUGAAAAUAUACUGCAUUCUAUUGAUCAUCUCUCCAAAAGUGCCUUGAGUUUUUUUUUACAAACAGUUUUAAAAUAUCUACUUCACAUGUUUGUUAUCUGAGAGAUAUAACGGGAUGUUUACAAAGCUUUCCUACUGUAAUACUACUGGUCUAAAAUGCUUAGUGUUUUCUACUGUGGUUAUUUUGAUUGUAAUGAUGAUUAGUUGUUAUUCAUUAGGUGAUCAGACAUAUGAUCCUUGUUGUAUUCAUUUCUUUUCUUUAUUUUCCUCUAAACAUCCAUAUUUUCGUUUCUUUUUUUAAAAAUAGUGAUUUUGUGUGUUUUUUUCUUAAAUUUAUGGACACGAAAAGCAACUGGAACUAAUUUGUCUGAGGACUUCAUCACUUUUCUCCCUGUCUUUAUUUACCUUUACGUUAAAUUACUUGUGGAUAGGCUUGAAUAUUUAUCCUUUUUUUCUUCCACUUCGUUUUUUAUUCGUUACAUUCUUUUGCUCGUAUAUUUUUACACUUACUUGAACAUUGAUAAAUUGUACGUGUUAUAGCUGAGAAGGUUAAUCAUAAUUAAAUUAACUUUUGUGCUAUAGUUUAGUAAUGACUGAAAAGUUCUAGUGUGAUGUAUGCUUCUCUUUAUAUUCUUCAAUUUCUUUUUCGUACUCUAUGUUUGUGAAAUCAGUAAAUUUUGUAAUAAAUUUGUUUGUUUUUUUUGCUGAAUGAAAUAAUUUAUUAUUUUA